GUUCCUGUCAAUAGUUGAUUUCGCAGUUUUAUUCAGUGAAAUUUACCCGAACCCGUGAAGUCCUCUACUUGACUUUUUUUCUCCUCCUCACAAACUUAAACUGUGUUGUUGGGUACAUUGGAAGCUUAUUUAAUUAUUUACAAUGAAUUUUUGCCGUUUUUGUACCACGGCAGGAGUAAGGAGCUCUAUAAAAAGACUAGCUGCAGCUCCGUAUAAAUUAUGUUAUUUGGAUUCAGAUAAAUGUAAUAAAAGUUAUUGUAAUAGUGAAAGUAGAAGUUUUUGCAACUUAGGUUUAUUAAGUAGGUUGAAAACAAAUGACUCAAAAUACCCACUGACCGCAGAUACUUUCAAUUCUUUAAACCCAAAGAAACAAGAGAAAUUCCCACUUUUCUUCCAACAAAUUAGACAACAUACCAAUUUAGGGGCAAUGUAAGUUACUGAAGUUGAAGUAUUAAUUAGUUACCAAACUUAGAAGUAUGUAAAUUGAAUGAAUGAAUGUAAAAGUUGAUGUAAUAUAAUAUAUGAUUUACUCCUUAGUCUAACUCUUAGUAGUAUUAGUAGGCCUAGUUAAUACUCAGAUACUGAUUGUAGACUAGUGUCAAUAGUGUAGUGGUUGUAGUAGUCUAAGUCUAAGGAGACUUUUGUCGUAGGAUAAAUAAAUUAUAAUUAUGAAUAAUAAUGCCAUGGGAAUUAAUGGACUUAUCCGCCAGAGCUACGGGUAAAGGAGUAAAUCACUUGGGGCAAUUUAUGCAUGGUGGUCCCAAAGAGUGGAAAUUGAUACUUUUAAUACAAUUAUUUUGAAAGUUGUUGGAGCCCAAAAUUUGAAUUUCCUCUGGGCCCAAAUAUCCUCUGCACAAUACAGCCCUGGACUAAUCAAUGGUAGCAUGGCAUGAGAGCUAAGAAAUCAUAUAUAUAGUUUUAUAGGGCCUUAAGACUGUAGAACUGUAGAUAGUCCUAAUCAAUUAAUAUGCCUAGCCUAAAUGGACUUGAUAAUAUUUUUGUCUUCGUAAAACUUAUUUCUGAAUACCCAGUUUCAGCUGGCACUUUUUUUGAUGUGAUUAUGUUAUGUAUGCGACAUAUAAUUUUUGCCUACAAAAACUCAAGAGCUUAAAAGGACAACAAAAAACUUAAGCGCUGUAAUUUAUAUUAAUAGAACCUUCAAAGACAUAUGCAAUUCAUAUAUGAACCUAUGAUUUCUUUAUUUUUGCAUAUACACCUAACAAAAACUUCUUAGUAUAUAUAUAUUUAUCUCACCAUAAAUAGCAGUGCUGAUGAAAAGGCAAACAUUUUCCAAAGACCUAAAGCUCAGUCAACAAUAGAUGAAGAAGAAGUUAGCAAAUUCAGUGGCCUCUCUGCAUUAUGGUGGGAUGAAGGUGGAGAAUUUGAAGCAUUGCAUUCACUGAAUGAAUUAAGAAUUCCACUCAUUAGAGAUGCUCUUGUCUCAAAGAAAAAUCUAGACCAAUAUGACCCUGCCAGCCCAUUACAAGGCUUUUGGAUAUUAGAUGUUGGAAGUGGUGGUGGGAUUUUAUCAGAGGUAAAAAUGUUGAUUUUUUUUGUGUGCUUAGAAUUAGUAAUACAAUUUUAGAAAAAGGUGUGUGUGGGGGAGGGGGGAUUGACUUCGGUGAGCUAAUAGAUAAGUGAUACAAAUGAGUUGUUUCUCAUUCUCAAUGUCCAAUUUAACUCCUGAAACUAUUUUGCCAGAUGGCUUACAACAAUAAUUUUUACAAUUUUUAUGUUCUGUUUGACUUCAUGCAUCAGAGGAGUUGUGUAAUGGUUGGUUUCAAUUCAGACUUAGUUAGUCAUAUUUAUCGUGUAUCUUCAUUAACGAUAGUUGUGGGUAUUGCUUAGAUUUAUUGGAUUCAUUAAUUAUUUAAUAUGUAUUUUACACUAUCGUUUUACUGCUAGCAGGUGCAGGUGAAAAAAAAAAAAGCAAUUUAUAAAUAAAAUAAAGACAUUUGAUAUUUUGUAAAUAUUCUUCUUGACCUAUGUUGAUAUUGAUUAGUUUAUUUAAAACUUUUUUAAAAUACAUGUUCUUUCAUUAUAUGUAUGUAUAAAUUAAAUAAAAAUCAAUAUAUUUCCUUUCAAGAGAGCUGACAAUGUUGAAUUUUUAUUUUUGAAUUAAAAAACUUUUUAGUCAAAAGGUUUAAUAUUUAUGUAUUAUCCAUAUUGGCAGCCAUUGGCCAGACUGGGAGCAUCUGUUAUAGGAUUAGAAGCCUCUGAAGAAACUAUUAAAAUUGCUCAAGCUCAUCUCAUUCAUGAUGUGCAAAUCCGUGAUAGUGUUAAGUACAUAAAGUCAACAGUAGAGGAUAUAGCUCUGACCCAAGAAGGCAAGUUUGAUGCUGUUGUGGCCUCAGAAGUUCUGGAGCAUGUUUCAGAUGCUCAGACAUUUGUUACAGCAGCAUGCAAACUUGUGCGGGUAUGUAUUAUUUUGGAUAAGUGUACAUGAUUGGUUUUUAUUAUUGUUACUUUCAUGGUAUCCUUGGAAUAUUCUGUUUUAUUUUAGGCUGGUUGCUAAAUAAAUUGUGUGCGUAACAAUUUUGGAAUUUAGCGCAUUUUUUUGCACAAUUAAAUUCAUUGAAAUAUACAAAUUGUCUUAGUAAGUUUGUAUUCAAAUUAACAGGUUUCAGAUGCAUAAAUUUAUGCUGCACAAUCUGGCCUUAUGCAUAGCUUAAUAACUGAGUGAAGCAAAAUAAUUAUUUAUUUCUACCACCUUGAAAGAAUAAUUAAAUCUAUACAUGCAUCCUUAAAGCUGUUGUGUGCAAUAGCCUUACAAGUAUGCUGCUUGUAGACUUCUAAUAUAAGCUUUACUAUUUUAAAAAAAGUCUAAGUAGAUGGGCACUUUAUUAAAAAUAUGAUAAAACUGCACACAUUGGCUGAAAUGCCUUCUAGAGCAGAUAACACUAUCAUAUUCUAUUAGCUUUAUUUGUGAUAUUUUCUGAAAGGUAUUACAAUUUUAUUUAACGUUCUUGAUAUUUGAAUGACUUGUUUUGUAUACAUGACAUAUUAUGUUGAAAAAAUUAAACAUCUCUAUAAUUUCAGGAAUUUGGGGAUGGAAAGCAUACAUAUAUUUAUGAGAAACCAACACUCAAAUAAUCUUUAUUAGCACAACUGGUGUGUUAUGCAAAACUGUUGGAUUGAUUCCAAGAAAUCUUUGAUGGUGAUGUCAUGCUACUUGUAUUUAAAGAUAUAUAGUUCACUAGCAUAAAUGCUGGUAUUAUAAACGCACACAUUAAGAAUUUUAUGAGAUUAAUUUUUUAAGGAUAUUUGUUAUUUUGUAGCCGGGUGGAUCCAUCUUCUUCACAACUUUGAAUAAAACACAACUGGCAUAUGCUCUGGGAAUAGUCGCUGCUGAGAACAUCCUUCACUUGGUCACACCGGGAACCCAUGACUGGGAGAAAUUCGUGCCCCCUACAGUCCUUCAGCAUAUGCUAGAUAAAAGUAAGUCGACUUUCAUACAAAUUUUGUCCAUCAUGAUUUACUCUAAACAUUAAUUAUUUACUCCAUUUAAUGAUGUGACAUUUUGUUACCAAAGGAGUUGGUUUUCAAUAAAUACUACCGGCAGUAAUUUAUUUACAUAUACAAUUUUUAGAAAAAUGCUGACUGUAUAAUUAAAUCAAUUACACAAAUUUCUAAAACUUGAUCUUUCUCUGCUAUCCAGUUGAAUAUGCUAGGCUUUGGCCACUAAUAUAAGUUGAAAAUAACCAUGAAAACAAUUGCUUGAAAUUAGUGAGAAUAUAGUAUUAGCUCAGUUGAAUUUUUAAUUGUAGCUGUUACUAUUAAAAUAUUUUAAAAUCAUUAUUUUAAUUUUUGAAUAUGCUCACAGACAAUUUUGCGACAAGACUUAUCCAUGGUAUGUGGUACAACCCUUUAAGCAAACGCUGGUCAUGGACCAAGGACACAAGUAUUAACUAUGCUCUCCAUGCUGUAAAACCAUCUACAGGGGAGGAAGGUGAUGUUUGGAAGGAACGAAAGCCUUAGACAUUUGACCUUUAUACAUGUUUUACAUUUACAAAAAGCACUAAUUUUAUGUCUGAAGUGAAUCAAAUGACUAAAUUGUUAUCUUCAUGGAUUCUAUGAUCAGAAGAAAAAACUACUCUUUGAAAAAACUUGUUGUUUUUAUUAAUAUGUAUUUUAUAUUGCUAAGUUAUUCAUUCAUUCAAAAAUAUUUCAAGUUAGAAAAUAAACUAACACAGCUAAAAUAUGAACCAUAAUUUAUUAAAAUUGUUGUAUAAUAAACAUGAUUGUAUUGUAAAAAUGUAUAAAAACAAGGAAUAUUGUAAUAAAUUUGGCACUUUGGGUGGAUUGUCAAUUAUUUAUAAAAUGCACAGACUUUAAAAAUUAUUAACUUUCUAUUAGCAGGUUAACAGCAGUACAAACAAUACUAAGAUGUUCUUAAAAUGUUUAUAUUUAUCUCAAAGGUGAAUUCACCCUGAAACCAAUCAAUAAAUUAUUUAGCCUAAAAAUACAUUUUGUCAUAUAGUGAGUAAUCUAGCCUAAACCAAGAGACCACUCCAUAAUUAAAUGCAGAAUAUGUUCUGUGAAAGCUCAUCUGUUUUAUUUUAACCAUGUUUUUGAGCUGUUAUAUUUUGAAACUGGAUCAUGCACGCAAAUAGUUUUAAUGAUUCAAAUAAUGAGUUUCAUUGAGUUUAAAGAAAUGGACAUAGUUUUAUAUAACUAAACGAAAAAAUGUAUCCAUUUUGAAAAGAAUAUAUUUUAAGAUAGAAAAUGAAAAUAACUGCAUUAUUUAUAGAUCUUUUUUAUACCAUAAGUUUCAACUGUCAUCACAUUUUGAAGAAAAAAAACAAAAAUCAGGCUAUUAUAAAUAAAAAAAACAUAAUUAAAUUGUAUCAACAAUAAAUUGAUUGUUUUUUACAGCAAAACAUAAUUGACUCAUUUUUGUAAGUGACUAAAAACAGUUUUGUAUAUUAUUAUGUGAGAUGAAUUCAUUUUUUUUUUCCCCCUGAAUAAAAGCUGCUGCAGAUUCUUAUAAUAAAAAACAUUUAUUGUCCAUUUUUAGUAAUAUAAAGCUUUAAAAAACACAACCUAACUUAAAUAAUUUAAUCACUUGCAAAAAACACCCUCUGCUAUAAAGCAAUGUAUCUAUUCAACAUGCUUCGGGACUCUUCUAAGCAGAUAAUCUCCCCUAAGUAAAUAAAGUAAUCUGGUCCACAAGUUGACUUUUCCCUACAAAUUACCACGCAAGUAAUCAAACUGAUAAGUAUAUUUCAUUUAAACAAGGUUAUUUUUAGUGAGUUUUUUGUUUGUUACACGAUUAUGGCAGAGUUGACACUGCAAGAUCAUAAAAAUAUAGAAAGGCUAAUCAGUAAAUUCCUCAACAUGUACAAAUAGGAACUAUAUGUUAAAGGUUUGACUAGACUUCCUAUUUAAAAAAUCCCUACCUUACCUCUAUAACUGCAUGGUGGGCACACUAAAUACAAUGAUUUUUUAAAGUUAUAUUUCUAUGGAUGUUUGGAGUAUCCUGUGAAACUAAUUUUAUUAAGAUUUUUCUUUAAUUACUGGUAUUGGUAAAUUUGAAAACUGUUCUAUAAAGUUACAGUUACCUAUGUUGACAUUUUUGAAGUGUCAACAUUAUUGAUUAUGCAAACUGGAUGAUAAAUAAACUUAACCUUGUGGUCUUGGUACAGAACCCAGAGUUUGGUAUAACCAGUUGUAAUUGCACUUUUUAAAGAGACUUAUUUUUUAAAACAAAUUCUGAUUACUUUAAUGUAAUUUAAAUAUAUUACAAGACUCAUUUUUUUUAUUAAGACUCUUCAUAUUAUUCAUGAGUAUAAUUAAACCCAUGUAAAAUUAAAGUAUUGAUAUUUAAAUCAUGAUCUUUUCUCUUAGUACAAUAGCAUGCUAUCGAUUUGAGAUUUACUUUUUUGGGCAUAAAGAAAAUGACUUUAAUAAAAUCCUUUUUAAAACUAAAAAUGAUUUUUUAGAUGUUUUGAGUCUUUCUUGUUGAGAUUUAGCUUCUAUAAUCCUUAAGCAGGCUAAUUUUUUGGGGGAUACAAUCAACACUUAAUAAGCCAUCAAAAUUAAUUGAUUUUAAAAUAAAACUUAUUUUAGACCUUUAAA